CCGGAAGCAGGAUGUCUCAGAAUGAAUUGAUAGCACUGGUAACACUUGUUUAAGGGAAUACAUUAGACUAGUUUAGAAUUGGAACGUCUUGACCGAGAUCAGUGAUGGCUGGUGGAAUAUAGAAGGUUUGAAACCUUAGAGUAUUUGACAGAGUUGUCAUACGCGCGAGCUAACUGCUUAUUUGUGAAGGAUGCGCGCGUCGCAAAGCAGGUUCCAUUCAUUUGGGCUAACGCUAACUGUGUAGUAACGCUUCUAUUUGCUCAUAAGUAACUUAAACGUUCGCGUUUUGCAGUUCAGCGACAGUGUCUCUUUGAAUCUCUGUUGAAUUGGAACAUAAUAUCAUAUCUUUUUUCACCCGCUACACCGUCAGCUGUCGUUAUCUGCCAAAUCAUUAACACUAGGCUAGCAAGGUAGCGUUAAUUUCCUAUGGAAAGUGCUAUGGAUUAUGAACAUAAAGCCAAGGUUGUGGGGGACUGCUUGCUCAGUUACAAGAGGGAUGACUCCGGCUGGAAAGUCUGCAAGAAAUCUAAUGACGUGGCUGUGUCUUGGCGUCCCUCGUCGGAGUUCCCAGGGAAUGUUUAUAAGGGGGAGGGGAUUGUCAUUGGCAGCCCAGAGAAAGUGUGGGAGUGUCUGAAACCAGUACCCAAUGGGCUCCGAGUCAAGUGGGACAAUAAUGUCAAAAGGUUUGAGCUUUUGGAACAAAUCACAGAGGACAUCUCUAUCUGCCGGACAGUCACGCCCUCAGCAGCUAUGGGCAUCAUAGCUCCACGGGACUUUGUAGAUGUUAUUUUAGUCAAGCAGUACGAAGAUGGCAGCAUUUCAUCAAACGCCACCAACGUAACCCACCCAGGCUGCCCGCCCCAGUCCGGCUACGUGAGAGGAUUCAACCAUCGAUGUGGUUGCAUCUGUGUCCCCAUCGCAGGGGAGCCUAAUAAAACCCAGGUGUUCAGCUUCUUCCAGACAGACCUUGGAGGACUCCUCCCUCGCUCUGUGGUUGACUCCUUCUUCCCCUCCAGCAUGGCCGAGUUCUACAGCAACCUGGCCAAGGCUGUCAAGUCCCUCAAGGACCUUUGACACUAACAGACAUGUAGCUACCUUCAAACCUGAACCCUACUACUCCUCAGGUUUGUUGUAUUUUAAACAGUCCAAACAACAGCAGUCGGCACAAUGGGUUAUCGAUGGCUGACCUCAAAUAGAUCCCAUCCACGAUCUCUGUUGGUACAUUCCUUCGGUCCUGUGUGGCUGCAGGAGGAACCCAGUGAACCUUCAACAGUCAAUCCUUCUAUGUGAAAGUAGUUUACGCACCGAGAAGACCGCAAUCAGUCUCCUCACGUCACCGUCAUUGGGAGGAAUCCAUCUCCUUCGAUCUAAAUAAUGAAAUAAUAAUAAUAAUAAUAAUCUAUAUUUGUACAUGAUCUUAAAUGACAGAACAUGUGUACUUUUUAGCACGCUGAUGCUACUCGAGAUUUCCUUUUUUAUGAUUGUGUUCUUCAGUGUGUGCAGUAAACAUGCAUGUUGCAUGGACCUUACUUACCUUAUGCUGGUAUCAGGUUGCUGGUUUGGAGUACUGACUCAUACCGCAUGUUUAAUUGUUUGUGUUGUACUUGAACUGCCAUCUGCUCAUCUCCAAUUCACCUGUAAACUGUGAUUAUCUGCCUUCUCUGUAAUUCCUUUCACUGAAGCACAGGUGGGUGCAUCGGGGACGUUCUAUGCUGCCCACUGAGCACUUCUUUUUUUUCUUUUUUGGGGGCGGGAUUAGUGUUCCUAUUUUCUUUUUCUCUAUACACUGUCCCUUAAACUCCUUAAGCAGAUUCCAUAUAAGAACCACUGUAGAUUUUUGAAGUGGGCUCACAAAGCGGUCACCAUCUGACACUAGACCUUUCACAAUAAAAGGCAAAUAGUGUGGUUUUAACAUACGACACAACUAUUGUGGUGAAACACGAAUUCCCAAAAAUAACACAACCUCAAUUUAAGCUUACAUUCUCUUACAGUACUGUUCUGUAAAAGUAGUGUCAAUAAGAUGAAGCCAUUGCAAGGCAUAACUCGGUGACUAUGAACACCUGGUUGAAAUACUCGUUUUGAUUCUCAGGCCAUCAAAGACAUAACACCAUUUUCUCCAAUCUACAAAUACAUGAGUUUUUAUCUUCACUGCAUAUUUGUAAUGAUUUAUCUUUUUAUUAGUAAAUAAGAGGGUUCCUUUCAUAACAACUACAAAGAACCAUUUGUCCGAUAAAUGAAAUUGAGCCUUAAACCUAGAAUUCAGCAUGUUCAGAGUCAUGUAAAAGCAAAUCCUCCUGUUAAGAGGCAAUUAGCAUUGAGGUGCCAAUCAAAAAUCCUGCCUUCUGAAACGUGUGGUUUACCUCUACGAUGAAGUCCCACAACAUCCUCAAGCAUCUGGGUUCAAAGUGUGCAGCACAGCGCUAAAGCUUUGAAAUCACUUGUGAAUCCUGGUCCUGAUUGAUGGGAUCCAAGUAUUGGAUCCAAGUUCAGCUGUUUUGUUUUCCUCGAUUGGAACAUUAACAUCCUAUCCUCACUUGUUGACCCCAGUGUCACCCUCAUGAUAUGUAAUGUUAGUUUAACAAGCCACUCUUUCUGACCCAUAGGAGUUUUCUCAACUCCGAUACUAGUCGUGGAAGGUUGAAUUAUACUGACCCCUGUUUCAAAGUACUAGAUCGUCCAUCAGCAGGACCAGCAAAGUGUUUUAUCAGUCCGGGUUAUUUUAAGGCCACCUCGCUCUACAAAUUAUAGUUCAUGAUUGCUUUUUUGGGGGGGAAAAUGAAUGGGAAAAGUACAUGUGGAACUUUAAGUGGGAUUGUAUUUAGUGACAGUACUGUAAUAACUGAACACACUCACCAUUAGCUCUAUUUAUUCACGUUGUCUUGUCAUUUAAAGUGACAAACAGGGUGAACUGCUCAAAUUCAAGCUCACCACUCAAAUUGUGUCUUUAUUUAAUCACUAAAUGUUAUAAACGUUACUCUUGCCUUUAUAAUCGUACAUAUUCAAUACAAGAUAUACAGAUGUACGUUUCUCCACAGCUGCCAGUAAACUAGUCCACACAUGUACUGUAAUUAUUUUAACCCUCAUAUGCUGAGACUGGAAAAUGGUCCUCACUGGUCGGGGGAAUAUGUAAUCGCCACUUUAUCGUUGUUUUUUCUUCUGGGUCUCAAUCCUGUCACUGCAGAAGCAUAUUGCAAUCAGUUUUACAGGCAAUGUGGAUAUGAGAGCAUGUUUAAGCCCGUGGGAGUGGGAAGUGCUUCACUGUUUGGUCUGGCUGCUUUCCACUUUCGUGGCAUUGUUGAUAUUGCAAAGAUAUCUCGAUAACAUGUCAGUACUUGAUGAGAAUGGAGCCGUUGAUUCACCUGCUGGACAUCUGUUUGUAUGUUACCAAUAAGUCGUGACCCAUCUCACCAAUUGCAAUUUCAUUUGAUUUUUACUUCUUGUUGAUUCUUGUUAAUGACACCCAAUGUUUUGUCAUUUUAAAAUAAAUCCUGCUUAACACUU